UGGGCACUAGCCGGACCGGGGACACUUAAGUACUGCAAGUACGGAGAACAGGACAGGUUCGGCCAUCAAUGCAUACGUACCUCGCAUUUGGUGCCAAUACUCGUGCGAUGUCUCUGGCGACUUAGUAGACGACAUCUCGUGCUUGAAUUGCAUUUCUCUCUGUCGAUCUCGCAUAUACCUUUACCGGCGCCCAUAGCCGUCGUCGAGAACGUCGCGGCCAGCAUCCAGACGCAUUCAUCUGUCUCAGCCAGCGCGGCCAACACUCCCGACUGCGCUUACGCACCACCCUUAUCAACGCGCCAGCAUGGCGAACACAAUCAUGGACAUAUUCUACUCGUUAGGAAGUUGCAUAUACUGCUUCCCGAGCACUCCGCAGCUGAAAAUCAACACCAGGAGCUUCCGUAUGCUUCGACUACUAGGCGAGGGCGGCUUUUCCUAUGUCUACCUUGUUCAAGACACCUCCGACUCGGCGCUCUAUGCGCUUAAAAAGAUUCGUUGUCCUUUUGGUCAAGAGUCGGUCUCACAAGCACUGAAAGAAGUCGAAGCAUACACCCUCUUCGCACCACACCCCAACAUCAUUCACAGCAUCGACCACGCAGUGCAAAACGAUUCGAGCACGAAGGUCUCGGGAAUAGGAAACGAUGGCGGCUCCUCGAGUAAGACAGUCUACAUCCUCCUCCCAUACUACCGGCGAGGGAAUCUCCAAGACAUGAUCAACGCGAACCUGGUCAAUCACACCCGCUUUGGUGAACGGCGGCUUAUGCAACUGAUGCUGGGCGUCUGCAAAGCGCUCAAGGCCAUGCACCAAUACCGCGUACGCAAUACUCCUUCCAAUGCCGCCGCGAAAGCCAUCCGGGAAGAAGCUGCGAACGAAGAUGCCGACGCUGCGCGAAGGCACGCCCGCACGCAGAACCGGACCAUGACUGCCGACCAGACACACCAGGAAGAGAUGAAUGAGGAGCAAGAGGCACCGCUAAUGCCUGAGGGCGAAAUCACCAGAGCACAAGAAGGCAAACAGCCUGGGGAGGACCGAGCAUAUGCCCACCGCGACAUUAAGCCUGGCAACAUCAUGCUCGACGAUGACGGACGCACGCCCAUCCUCAUGGACUUGGGCAGUCUAGCCCCGAGUCCAACACCCAUCACAUCCCGCUCCUUCGCCAUCGCCGUGCAGGACACGGCGGCGGAACACUGCACCAUGCCCUACCGAGCGCCCGAACUUUUCGACGUCAAGACCGGCAGCGUGAUCGACGCCAAAGUCGACAUUUGGUCGCUCGGAUGCACAAUGUACGCGUGCCUGAUCGGGAAGUCGCCAUUUGAAGCCCGCUCCGACGAGACAGGUGGAUCACUGAGUAUUUGCGUUCUAGGCGGCGACUGGCGGUGGCCGGGCGAGGGCAAUGCAACGAAAGGAAAGGACAAGAUGCCCCCGUCACGGUCAAACACACAAUCCUCGGCCAACGGGGGCCUCAAAAAUACAGCGACUCCCGCGUCCGGCGAGAGGGUAUACCCCCAUCCUGCGGCACGAGAGGUGGUCCGACGCUGUCUCGCAGUCGAGCCGUCGGAACGGCCGGACGUAGACGAACUCAUGACCUUGAUCGAUACGUGCUUGAGCGAAUUACCUGAAGACGACGAAGGCGGGCCCGUUGACGGAGACGGCGAGAUUUAGAAAGAUGCAGCAACGCCAACAAUUCUCAAAACUACCACACCUUGGAACUUAAGUGCUCUACGAGCGAGGUGAAGCAAGUCGCGCGCUCCCAGCUUCCAAUAUAUGUCUCUAUCUUGACUGUUGAGGUUUCUCAGCUGAACGUGAGGCGGGAGAUGCAAGCGUCACACCUUGAGAUUCAAGAAGCCAGUGUUUCGGACCACAUUUCGGGUGUUGACCAUGCGCCGCGAUUUUGAAUGGAAGAUCAUCCGACAAGGUUGAAGAAGAUAUUUUUUCGCUCAGGACUGCAGGAGCAAGGUCGUUGAGGCGUGUGAGGCUACUCGUGGAAAAGCGAUUACAAUUCUUCUUGACCUGAUGUUUAUUCUUGUGUAUUGUCAUGGCGUCCAGACGACUCGGAAUAGUGUAAAAACAGGAUGCUAUAUCUCGGUGCAAAAGGAAUGGGUGACACGAAAUUAGGUAUCGCCCGAAUUGAAGCAGGAGCUUUUCG